ACUUGUGCACUUUGGGCACUAUAAUAAUAAGGCGUAAUUAAUACGCCAUACACACUGAAGAAACAUGUACACUGAAGUGCACAAGUGUACCAUUUAAGAUCUAGUGGGUGAAUUCCAAUAUGCAUAUAGCGGACUUCCGUCCUCCCUCGCUCACUUGUCUGCUUGUGACCUCAUGAUGAUGUCACAGACGUCAGAAAAUGAAUCCAAUAUCUUGCAAAAGCACAGUUCUAAUGUCAUUUUCUCAUUUACAAUCGGGAUGGUGAAUGAGGAACAGUCCCCCAAAAAUUGUUUUGGCUAGGCUGACAGCGGGGAAACUUUAUUGUUAUCUCUACGGAGGUGGGGCGUCAGCAAAAUGCGAGGCCACAAGCACAAGUGGAGGGCGGAAGUGUGCAUAUUGGAAUGCAGUCCCUUUGAUCCAACUAAGGUGCUGUUUCCACGUAGCUGGAUAUUUUUAUAUGUGAAUAUUUUAUUCUCCUGGUUGCAUUGGUUUUGCAUUGGUUUUGGCCUUCCGUUUCCACGUAGCAGAUAUUUAAAAUCCAGGUAUAAAAAGCAGGAGAAAAAAAUAUCCUGUUUACGGGGCUGAAACGCAUUUGUUACAAUGGAGGAUUUAUUUUUAUCCACAUGUUGCGUUUACACCUCAACAGGAGAAAAAAAUACCCUGCUAAAAAAAAUAUCCUGCUACAUGGAAACAACACCUAAGAUGGCAACCUGUGGCAGACCUGCCCCCUUUCAAUAGAUUUCAGCUAAUUGGUUGCACCUGUCUACGUCUCACACCUGUGCUAUCCAUGUUUGGUAGAUUGGUGUGUGGAGGAGAUCCAGAGUCUCAUUGGACUAGAACUACCAAGUCAAAACUACACUCACCUUCAGUUAGCUCUCAGGUACUGCUAGCUUCAGCUGACUUUUGUACACUGUCUAGCUAGUCGUACUGUAACUUCUAAUACAACAACAAUGCUCGCAAGGAUAGGUCUUUACUUUGGACUCUCGCUGCUUUGCUCAAUGUCAUGUGGAGCCGUCAUCAUCAACUGGCCCCCAGAAGGUGCCAUUAAGACUGAAUGCCGGGAUCGAUACCUGUGGUUGUCUAUUGACAAGGCAUUUUCUGGGCCCGCACUCAAGCUACAGGCAGUGGAUGGCAAUGGCGUUCAUCCAGUGGAUGACAAUCAGGCAGCCAUGUGCGGAUAUACCCUGAGCAAUGUCAACAUGAACCACAGGCUCACCCUAAGAGCAUCCUAUUUCUCCUGCUACACACACAACCAGAAUGAUGAGGUGUUUCGUUUUGUGUUUGAUGUCAUCGUGGCUGAUGGAGACGCUCGGGAAAAGAGUUACAGGGUGGAGAAGACCUGCAAACUGGCACUGGCCUGGUCUAGCCGCGAGAUUAUGUGUGAGGAGAAUUACAUGGAGGUCACAAUGGAAAAGCAUGGAUCUAGGUCUUGCACAUCCAGUGAAGGAACGUCCAAGGAAUCCUGGACCGCUGCAUUAGACACAGCCCGUCAGACUGCUAGCUCUGCCUGGCAAGUGAUGCUGCAGGGGGACGAAGAGGACCCCAUGUCUUUCACCGAAGCCCUCUACAGGGGCUAUCUCCUGAACACCACCUCAACCAGGGUGCUGCUCCGCACCAACUAUGGACAGCCCCACUCACACACUGUUCUGGUUGAUGGAAUUGCCACUGAAGUCAUCAAAGCCACGGUUUACUACAGAGAGAGGUGGGCCGUUGUGAUGCUGGACAUGUCAGCAGCCUGCUCUACCAACCCGAGCACGUUUGACGGAGAAUACCUCCGCUUGGCAGUGCCACGCGUGCCCAGUGCCCUGCUUGCACAGAAGUCCCUUUCCUCUGCCACCUCCACCUCGUCCGCCUACACCAAUGUCAAUGAGCAGAUGAGGAUGGGCAUCGACGGGCAGCUCCUGGAGGACUCUGAGUGGAGGGCAAAGGGUCUAAGCCUGGAGCGUGAGGGAUCGACCGUCAACAUCAGCAUACCUUUCGGGGCAGCAGGCGGGUACAGGAAGAGCUUUGUGUUGGACAACGUCUACCAUGAAAUCUAUGCAAUUUCUCUGUAUUACGAGCAUGUGUUGUCGCGGCCCUACGGACAUGGAGACACUGAGGACACCAGACACCUGAUGAUGAGACUGCUGCAGACUCCUUUGGUGUGUCGAAAGCAAUUUACCAUAGACGAGACUAUCCCUGAGGAUGGCAAGUUCAGUGUGUUGCUGGGUCACUUCCCCUCAGACGUCGAGCUGGUGUCUGUGCAGCUCAACAGGCUCCUGCUGACCGUGCCCGAGGCCUUCCAGCGCGGCCUCUCCGUCAUGACCCUCUCCAACAUGAAUGGCACCCACGGAUACGUCCUUGAGGUCCCAUUUGGCGACCCCCUCGUUCACAGGGCCUACUUAGGAGAAGGGCUGCUGCAGUACUCGAUGAACAUCAACUACACGCUGCAAGUUCUGCCUCAACAGCAGCGCUUUUAUCACCAAGCCUUGGUCGUGGCAGGGAUCUAUAAUGCCUUUCCCCCUGCCAUUACCGCCACCUGUACAGAGAACAGCAUCGUCUUUCGCAUCGGCGAGCCGAGCAUCAAACGCCUGUGGGAGGUCAGAGUGGGGCAUCACCUGUUGACUACAGAGCUGGCAAAGCAACGCGGCUACAUCCUGACUAAUGACACUCAUGGCUUAGCGCUAGAAGUGCCAGUUUUUACCAGGGGCUACACAUAUGAGAACAUUACGCUGAAGAGGUUUAUUGGCGCUUUUCAAAUAAGGGCAAGAGAUUCAAAAACUCUGGAGGAUGAGAGUAUCGCAACAAAGUACUGUAUUUUCAACACAGAUGAACUAAUUGUAUGUUCGAAGAGUGGCAUUAUGACUCUGGUAGCAAAGACCAACAGCACGUGGCCCGCCAUCCCAACAACCCAAAUAACCUUACGUGACAAAAGCUGCAAACCGCAAGAAACGCGCGACAACAGAAUCCUGUUUUCUUUCAGUCUGAAUUCCUGCGGAACUAGAUUCAUGGUUGGCGACUCUUAUGUAGUCUAUGAAAAUGAGAUUGUAUCUACCAAGAAGUACAUUCCCGAGAGCAAUCCGGUCAUCACAAGGGACUCUAAAUUCAGGCUGACUGUUCAGUGUUUCUAUCCCCUCACCCAUGUGCAAAGCCUCUUUGUGGAAGGCACGUUUAGGUCUGAGGAACCUGGAUUUGGUUCAAUUAAUGUUAAAAAGAAUCACUCUGCAAGUGCAGGAACCGCUGAUGGAGCUAACUGCGGUCACAAAACUCCUGCGAACUCUAAAGGUCCAGAAGAGACGUUUACUCACGAGUCCAAUCAACUUGUUGAUUUCAGAACCGGCGCAGCAGAGUCAGUUUCCCCCCCUGCUGGAGUUCACCCGGCCAUCGAGCUUUCACGGCCGCUGUUUUGGAGCCAAGACGGCUACUCGGCCAAAGUCUUGCCCGUAGACUCCGGUAUAUCGCCGAGGGAGGGUGCAGAGGCGAUCGCCAGCCCUAGGUUUUCUACCGAGGAGCGCUACAAGGCUUACAUGCCAUCAUCAUCAUCCAAUGGCUACCGGCUUCCGAUCAAGCUGCGUCCUUACCAUGAAGUUCAGCCGCAUGCGAGAAGCAGCAUGGAUCAGGCUCCCUGGAAGGAGAGCACUUCUGUCUAUCACAGAUACAGGCCUACUACAUCUGACAAAAGUACUGAUGCUGACAUUAAAACUAAAGCUUCACACAGGCCUACUACAUCUGACAAAAGUACUGAUGCUGACAUUAAAACUGCAGCUUCACACAAAGGCCAGGUCUCCAGCAUGAGGACGAGCAUUGUGAACAGUAGCUACAACAACAGUAAUGCCAAUAAUAUUCUCCCUCUUUUUAAAUCGCAUCCGAUCAACACUGAGCAAGUUGAUGGUCAAUCAGCUGAUCAUCACAGCACCUUCUUCCAGCCUCUUUCUCAGGCUAACUCAAAGUCCUUUUAUGACCGGCCCAAGGGCAGCGAUGAAAUUCACACCCCAAGCGGAGCAAAAAGCAUUUCAGGCCUGGGGCAUGAUGUUGACCCUAACGGCAUACUGGGAGCUGAAAAACCUCAAUCCUGGGCGGAGGCUGUGAAGAAAUCUGACAUCCCCUCUGAAGGCCACGGCAAUACUUUGCCUCGUCAUUAUCUCAGUAUUGACGACCUUCUGAAACGGCACAAGUCCCUUCCUGUGAGCAGCCCAAACGACAUCCUUGAAGGUCAGACAACAGAGAAGGGCAGGGACGACCAGCAUUACCACAGCCUUCACCAGGAGCCAACGACGUCACAUCAGAGUUGGACUAUGACUACGCCACUAUGGACCAAUCAGUCAAUUCGCAACGCUCCACUGCAUGUCAAAGACUUCCGUUUGGCUUCGCGUGAUUUCAUAGACGGCAUCAGUAAGAGGAUCAGGAACAUGAUGUACGAUUUUGUUCCGAAACAUCUCCCGCUUCCUCCUGCCGAAAGAAACGUGUCGGCCCUGCCUAUUGUUGGCCACAGAAUGGGCACCCCACAGGAUGCAUCCAACAUGUCUCUGCCACAGAACACUAACAGCGAGCUCCUCCAUAACCCACCACAACAGUAUGGCAAGUGGGUCACUGGCGGCCUGCCUCAUGACUUGAAGGCACAACAAGGCCUUGAGGAUAAUAAACAACACUUUCAAUCUGGCCUAAAGCUUGUGACCAUGACGACCUCCCAACCUUCACCUGGCUUUGGAGUAAAUAAAGAAAAGGACGGACCAUCAUUUCGCCCCAGAAGAACCAGAAAAGUAAUCGCUGCGAGUACAGCUUUCAACCCCAGAUUCUCAACACCUGCCCAGAGGUUGACUUAUCCAAGCAUCGCAAGAAACCGCUUAGGGCGUAGUUUGCAUAAAAGCAUUUUAAGGGGUUGACAAGAAGAAUCCCGAAUGUCUAUUUUGACUUUACAAUAGCAUUAGCACUCUACUGGCACCUUGCACAACACAGCAGCUACCGGACCGUGAUGAUGCUGUUUGUGCAGGUGUCGCCCUUUUCCCUGACCACCACCCAAGUAACAGACGUGUUUUAGUGCUGGCAUCAGAGAAGGCUGUACUGUACUCACCAUCAGCUGAGACAAACUGCCCGACGGCUGACGAUCCACCUCCGCUGUUUUCCACGAACUGUACCUCGGAGACGAUGAUGUUGUCCUCCAAGACAGCGCCGCAGUUCAUGCACACGGCACUGCCGCGCGCCUGGUCGACAUCGAUGUCUGAGCAGCCACAAGUCUUGCAUACCCGCGAACUCAUGAUGCCGGUAGGAGAACUAUGUUUAAAACUGUCUUCGACUAACUAUUUAAUCUUUGUCCAUUCAAAACAAGAACACGUGGACAGGGAAAUGUGUAACUUCAUGAAUGAUGUAACUUCAUGAAUGAUGACGGUGUGACUUUUUGCUGCAUUGUAAUUAAACAGUACUAACACAGAA